CUUGGACUACAGCCAAGAGAUGGAAGCAGCUCUUCUCAGACAGAAGCACCUGCUAGCUGAGGCGCGUUCUGCAGGCUGUCCUCUCCUCUGCUGGUUCUAAGCCGCCUUCCAGGAGUUGGAGAUGAGCACCCCAGGGACCCCAAGUGAUCAGGCAGUGUUGCAAGCCAUCUUCAACCCGGACACCCCAUUUGGAGACGUUGCUGGGUUGGACAUGGGAGAGGACGUAGUGGAAGAAUUGGACGAAGAUGCAAUCUUCCCUGGAGAACAGCUGGGGCAGUGCAAGGCCCUGGAGCUCCAGGGGGUAAUGGCAGCAGAGGCUGGGGACCUCAGCACAGCCCUGGAGAGGUUUGGCCAAGCCAUCUGCCUGCUGCCUGAGAGGGCCUCAGCCUACAACAACAGAGCCCAGGCCAGGAGACUCCAGGGAGACGUGGCAGGCUGCGCAGGUCGGCGCCACCAGGGUCUCCGUCGCCGGUCUAGAGGCGGCAGGUGGGGAGGGGCCCGGCCCCUGCCCGGGGCCGCGGGGCUCGGCGCUCACCCGCCCGUCUGUUGCUCGGGCUGCUCGCGGAGGAGCCAGGUGAGCCGGCCCCGCUGCUGGGGGCGGGGCUGGACCACGGAUGCUGGGCUCGCUGCUGCAGCCCACGAGGAUGACCUAGAGCACCGGGGCCGGGGCGGCUGCUGA